CGGUGGGUCGUGUCGUGAACUAAAUUUAAUGUGGGCUUGGAGUCCGGAUGAGAGAGAGAAAGAGAGAGAUGGAGACCUAAAAGAGGUCGAGUCUGAGGAAAGAGAGGUGGCGUUGCAUUAAUUGACCUGCAAUUUUCCCUUCUUGUGGUCUGGUGGAUCGCUGAUAUAAAAUUUGAGAGAAAAAAGUUUACGUUUUUUUAGAUCUUCGUGGAGAUGCUUAUGCUUUUAGAUCUUUGAUGGCGUGUAAUUAAGUUAGGGAGCUCUGCUUUGAUCGGUCUUAGUUUUCUACUUGUCUGUGAUUCCCCAGCGGGAUUUCUGGCGGGAACUGACACACUCUUCUUUUAAGCAGCUGUUUUGACAUGAUAACUGGAAUAUAAUCUAUCAGAGGGUUUCUUGAGAGAUUUGAUAUUAUUUCAUAGUGUGAUCCACCUAUAGAAUGUCGUUCCGUAGUAUAGUUCGUGAUGUGAGAGAUGGUUUUGGGAGCUUAUCUAGGCGAGGUUUUGAAGUCCGGCUAGCCGGCCAUCACAGAGGCAAAUCUCAUGGUUCAUUACAUGAUUUGCAUGACCAUCCCGUCAUAGUUCAGAACAGCCGUUGGGCUAGCCUACCCCCCGAGCUACUAUAUGAUGUAAUUAGGAGGUUGGAGGAGAGUGAGAGUACAUGGCCGUCUCGUAAGCAUGUUGUCGCAUGUGCAGCAGUUUGCCGUUCUUGGAGGGUUAUGUGCAAAGAUAUUGUCAAGAGUCCUGAGUUCUGUGGGAAACUUACCUUCCCAGUGUCCCUGAAGCAGCCGGGGCCGCGUGAUGGAGCUGUUCAGUGUUUCAUAAAAAGGGAUAAAUCUAACUUAACAUAUCACCUUUUUCUGUGUCUUAGCCCAGCUUUGCUGGUUGAAAAUGGUAAAUUCCUUCUAUCAGCAAAGAGGACUCGAAGAACCACAUGCACAGAGUAUGUUAUCUCUAUGGAUGCUGAUAACAUUUCAAGAUCAAGUAGCACUUAUAUUGGGAAGCUGAGAUCAAACUUUCUUGGCACAAAAUUCAUAAUAUAUGAUACGCAACCGCCAUUCACUUCCACUCACAUUCCCCCACCUGGGCGGACAAGCCGUAGAUUUUAUUCUAAAAAAGUCUCCCCAAAGGUUCCAACAGGAAGCUACAACAUUGCCCAGGUAACAUACGAGUUAAAUGUGCUGGGAACACGGGGCCCAAGAAGGAUGCAUUGCGUCAUGCAUUCAAUCCCGGCCUCGGCACUCGAUGCCGGUGGCACUGUCCCUGGCCAACCAGAGCUGCUUCCCCGCUCACUUGAGGACUCAUUCCGGAGCAUUUCCUUCUCAAAGUCCCUUGAUCACUCCGUUGAUUUCAGCAGCUCACGAUUUUCUGAAAUUGGUGGGCCCCACGAUGAUGAAGAAGAUGGCAAACUUAGACCAUUGGUUCUGAAAAACAAGCCCCCUAGAUGGCAUGAACAAUUACAGUGUUGGUGCUUGAAUUUCCGUGGGCGGGUAACUGUUGCAUCUGUUAAAAACUUCCAGUUGAUUGCUGCUACACAGCCUGCUGCUGGUGCACCAACACCAUCUCAGCCAGCCCCACCAGAGCAUGAUAAGAUAAUUCUGCAGUUUGGUAAAGUUGGUAAAGACAUGUUCACCAUGGAUUAUCGUUAUCCUCUAUCUGCGUUUCAGGCUUUUGCAAUUUGCUUGAGCAGCUUUGAUACCAAAUUGGCUUGUGAAUAGAAAGAGCAUAGACUGAAGGGUGGUAAAAAAAGCAUAACACUAUAAUGACGAUCUUUUUCUCCUUGUUAUAUCCUCUGCUCUUUUCUCGUUCUUCUGUCUUUCCUUCUACUGUCACUAGGAUAGGAAAUUCCUGUUGUCAAUGUUGCUUUGUUGUUGUAAAACUCAUUCGUAAUUGUGUUGCUGUCCUGCUAAUUGGGCUUACAGCAUUGUGAACUAAAACUCUUUGUACCUUCCUUCCUUCCUUCCUUCCAUUGUGUCAGCUCCAUUCAGGUACGAAUAUUAACUGCAUAAUGACGUUGGACAUUCAUCUUAUUA